UGACCAUAUAUAUUAAAAAAUAUAUAAAUAUACGUGUAUAAUUAUUCAUGAUUUUUAAAUAUAAUUAUGUAUAAUUAUAUAUAUGAUUAUAUGAUCAAAUUUUAUAGUAAAGUUGGUAUUUACGCUGCGCUGGGAUUUACACCACAGAAAUAAAAAAAAAUAGGAGUAAAGAUAGCUAACUCUCAACUAUUCUGAUAUGUGCCUUUAUGCUAUAUUAAUAUUGUGUUAUACUUUCAGUCCUUUAUUGUUAAUAUUAACGAAAAAAGAUUCAUAUCAUGAAAAAAAGAAAGAUUUCAUACUUAAAAUAUUUUUAUAGUAAUAAAUAGUAUAAAGUUUUCAUUAUUAUAAUUUAUUUGCCUUAGAUAUAGUAAAUUAAUAGAUAUAGUAAAAUAAUAUUUGAUAAAUUAAGUUUUUGAUAGGUGCGGCGUAUAUACCGAAUUUACUCUACAGUUUUCUAUAGAUAUGCAUAAAAAUUUUUUCCCGGAACUUUAUAUGAAAAAUUUUUUAAGGGUGAUUAUAUAGAUUUAGAAUGGGCGAUCUGCACCGCUGUGCAUUGAAAAUUAUUGGUGUAUGGCCGCAACAGAAUAAAGAUCAGCAUGAUAAAUUUUUUUCGGAUGCUAUUUAAUAUUACGUUGAUAAUUUUUGUAUUGACUGUACCGACUUUAGCUCAAUUAAUAAAAACAUGGGGUGACAUGAUCCAGAUAAUAGAUAAUUUACAAUUUAUUAUAUUUAAUUUGAUAGCGGCAUUUAAAAUCUUCAUUAUGUGGUACAAGAAAGAAGUUUUAUCGCUGUUGAUUAACAUAAUUAUAAAUGAUUGGAUGCGAGUGAAAAUAAAUAAAGAGCGAAAUGUCAUGUUAAAGAAUGCCAGGAUUACCCGCUUACUCAUCAAAGACAGAAUAUUCUUUAUGCUUUCCGCAACAUCUAUCAGAAUGAGUCCUGCAAUCUUUAAACAAUACUUUGGACAUAUGAAAAAUCUCACUAAUCUUGAAAAAUCUUUACCGAUUCCUGCACACUACUGGUACGAUGUAUCCAGCAGCCCGAUAUAUGAGCUAACAUAUCUGGUACAAACAAUCGGCUCAUUUGCAUGCGCUCUAACUUACAGUGCAAUCGACAACUUCCUUGGACUACUGAUCUUACAUGUAUGUGGUCAGAUGGAGAGUCUGCAUCUGCGAUUAUUGAAUUUGGGGAAGGAUCCAGAUUUCAGAGCGGUUUUAAAGUACAACAUUAAAGACUACUUGAUCAGGUUCUCACGAAAAUAAGUCAUAUUCAAGUAUAAAUUAAACGGAUUCAAAUCUUU